CAGUCAUAUGACUCCCGGAUGGCCGAAUGAGACCCAACAGGCCGUGAAAUGGUUUGCUGAAAGUCAUUCAAUAUUGUUUGUGAUCUUGAACGGGUCGAUUCCUGUUGGCGGAAGUCAGUCCCGGUUGGUUUCAGCUCCCGAUGGGUUUUUGGGACGUUGUUUAGUGAGCAGUGGUGUGCAUGAGGAUGACAGUUUGUUGUCUGUUGGCAAGCGCUGCUUCACCUGUUCGUGGUGGGAUCGCGACUACUGCAGGCACCGAUGGAAGACUCGAAUCACGGGAGUCCGCGACCGACAGCCGGAGAUGAGACAAGCUCCCCGGAUAGUCACCAAUCCGGUGCCAGCUUCCAGAGGAAAGUAGCAGCGGUCAGCUCUCCUGCUCAGUCCGUCGCACGUCUCACCUUACCUGGAGUCAUGGACGCCGAGGGGAGGGUCGACGAGUCACGGCUGAGGAUGCAUAUUUUCAAAAACGGUGGCGUGUGUCUCUCUGAGCGUGGUCUGGCGUGGAGUUUCUUGUUUGGGAUGUACCCUUGCAGCUCGACAACUUUAGAGCGCUCUCUGCUGCAGGAGCAGAUGGUGGUACGUUACCGGGUCAUGAAGAGAAAGUGGCAGCAGUUCCUUCCUUUGGCCGUGCGGAUGCACCUUAACGGCACUGACGCUGAGUUGGUGGCAGCAGUCAGGUACUUUGACCAGAGGCAGGCACUGGCUCAGCAACAUACCCAGGACCAGUCUGAGGAGGUCAGGGACAGACUGGCUUUCUUGGAGCUUCAGGCACAGAUAUUGUUUGAGCGAGUCACGUUUGACCAAGAGGAGCUGCGGGAAGCCACACGCAUUAUCGGCAAGGAUGUAGCGAGAACUAACAGAGACCUGAGCUAUUAUCAGGGUGAAGGUUCAGCCAACCUCUUGGUUUUGCGAGAUAUCCUCAUCACUUAUGCUGCUUUUCAUCCAGAGGUCAGUUAUGCCCAAGGAAUGAAUGACCUGUGCAGCCGGUUCCUGGAGGUUCUCAACUCUGAGGUUGACGCUUAUUGGAGUUUCUCCUGCUACAUGGAGAAGUUCUCCAAGGACUUCAGGGCUGAUGGUCUGCACAGGAAAAUAGAGUUGGAGGCAGCCCUGCUGAAGGAACUGGACCCUCAGCUUUAUGCUCAUUUGGUCACAGACAGCAUGGAGAGCUUCACCUUCUGCCACAGGUGGCUGCUGCUGGGUUUCCAGAGGGAGUUUGAACACAGUGACGCAUUACGUUUGUUCGAGAUCCUGAGUUGUGACCACCUGGAGCUUAUCUCCCAGCAAGUAGACCGAGCCCGUUAUAAGGAAAGGCUUGCACGAAAAUGCGGCACAGAGGACAAUUCAGAGUCAGAGCUGCAGGCCAUCAACACUGACUUCACAUUUGAGCUCUUCAUCUGUGCAGCCAUCCUGUUAGAGAACAGAGAGUCUCUGCUGCGUUGCCGUGAUGAAGUACAACUUAUCCAGUUUACUAGCAGCCUUCAGGGAACACUGGAACUGAACAGCACGCUAAAGAAAGCAGAGCACCAUUUGUACAACUACUGCAAGCGCUGUGCUCGAGACUAUAUGUGCUGUAAAACGGACAAUAGCAAAGAAGAGGACUUUCUUUAUCAAAUCCGUAGUUUACUUCUUUUAAGGUGAAAGCUACUAUUUAAAUACCUGAUGUCAAAGUCUCUUAUGAAACUGUAAUUUGUAACAAGGGACAUAUAAUCCCUAUUUAGAGUUUUGAUGGCACAUUUGUUGUUUUUAUUUCUGAGGGAAACACACUGAUGGCUGCUUACCUUAAAUUGUAUCCAUAACUGCUGUCUAUUAUAAAUGUACAGUAUUUAUUGUUUGACAGUUGACCUACAUCAACUGUGAGUUAUUUUGGUUGCUCUCCUUAACUGCAAUUAUAAUAUAAAGCUUAAGCUCAAUAUCUUACAGAUAGGAAUCACGCUUCAGAGGAUUUGUUUUCCGGGUGAUGCAAUAUUCGACUGCAUGUGUGAAAACAUGAGAUCUGGCGUGUCGCAACAGGUGGUGUUUGUAACAAACUGCAGUUAUAUUUAAUGCCAGAUGGUCUCUGUGUCAGAGAUGCCUAUGUAACAAGAAUAGACAUCCAGUUUUGCGCUCUGGCAGAGGGACCAUGUACUAGAGGGAAGGAAAAUUACUGCACUACUGUCUUUUAAACUGAGAAUGAAACAUGUACACUAUAUAAAUAACCAAAAAAAUGAUACCUCAAUAAACCUGCUGAUGAUUGUUUACUAUAUGGUGUUGGCAAUAUCCAUGUUCAGUUUGCUUAUUUACCUUACAUAAAACAGGAAGUCAGCAGUGUGAAAACUAAUAAUUUAAUUCAUGCUCUGAAUGAAAACCCCCUCAUAUUACUAACCAACUGCAAGUAAUAGAUUAACUGGGAUAAGAAAAAGUAUAGGAAUGCAGAAACGUAUGAAUGUACAUGAGUUUCUGUCACCACAGUUAUUAUAUUCAUCUAUACAGUGUAUAUAUUGUAGUUUAGUCCAUGUGGAUGGACUACAUUUACUAUACAUGCAUUAACGUAGAUAGCUUUUUUUUCAAUUUUUGCCUCUUAUUUACCCGUUCACACAUGCCAACAGCAGCAGAGCAUGGUUCACUGUAUUGCUCAAGGACACAUUAUCAAGUGGAGUGUGAACCAGAAGAACUGGGGAUCAAACCUCCAACCCUGUGAUUAAUGGACUACCUGCUCUAAAUUCCUCAGCCACAGCCACCUCACAAAUACUGUGAUCGAUCUAUUUCAGGUUCUAAAAUGCAAAUGGUUUUAACAUCUGGCUGAGUUUUGAGGCCCUUAAACAUCUGUUUCAGACAAAGGGCACAUUGAUUGUCUAUAUGAUUCCAGAAGUUUUAGGCUAUCCAGAGAUGUUCAUAAUGGUUAAAAACGCUUUUGAGAAAUGUAACACUAUAGUGAUCCAUUUUUAAUUGAAGUUGUUAGUUUGUUUUGCUCAACUGGCAGAGGGUUACAGAUGUAACAACAGCAAGCUUUCUU